CGCUCUCUGCAUCCCAGCACAGGGUGAAGCCUGAACACCCGAAUGGCCAACACUACAGGGCUGAACGCCACAGAAGUCGCAGGCUCGAUGGGGUUGAUCCUGGCUGCUGUCGUGGAGGCAGCAGCAGUGCUGGGCAAUGGCGCGCUGCUGGUCGUGGUGCUGCGCACGCCAGGACUGCGCGACGCCCUCUACCUGGUGCACCUGUGCAUCGUGGAUCUGCUGGCGGCCGCCUCCAUCAUGCCGCUGGGCCUGCUGGCCGCGCCGCCGCCCGGGCUGGGCCGCACGCGCCUGGGACCCGCGCCCUGCCGCGCCGCGCGCUUCCUCUCGGCUGCGCUGCUGCCCGCCUGUACACUCGGUGUGGCCGCGCUUGGCUUAGCGCGCUACCGUCUCAUAGUGCACCCGCUGCGGCCCGGCGCGCGGCCUCCGCCCUCCCUUGUGCUCACUGCCGUCUGGGCCGUGGCGGGGUUGAUGGGCGCGCUCUCCUUGCUCGGGCCGCCGCCCGCACCGCCCCCUGCCCCAGCUCGCUGCUCGGUCCUGGCCGGGGGCCUCGGGCCCUUCCGGCCGCUUUGGGCGCUGCUGGCCUUCGCGCUGCCUGCCCUCCUUCUGCUUGGCGCCUAUGGCAGCAUCUUCCUUGUGGCGCGCCGCGCCGCCCUGCGGCCCCCGCUGCCAGCGCGAGGGUCCCGGCUGCGCUCAGACUCUCUGGAUAGCCGCCUCUCCAUCUUGCCGCCCCUCCGGCCUCGCCUGCCUGGGGGCAAAGCAGCCCUGGCCCCAGCGCUGGCCGUGGGCCAGUUCGCAGCCUGCUGGCUGCCUUACGGCUGUGCGUGCCUGGCGCCCGCUGCGCAGGCCGCAGCGGCCGAAGCGGCCGUCACCUGGGUAGCCUAUUCGGCCUUCGCGGCUCACCCAUUCCUGUACGGCCUGCUGCAGCGCCCCGUGCGCAGGGCGCUGGGCCGCCUCGCCCGCGAAGCGCUGCCCCGACCCCCGCGAGCCUGCACUCCACGGGCGUGGCACCCGCGGGCCCUCUUGCAGCACCUCCAGGGACCUACAGAGGGCCCUGCCCUAGGCCCUUCUGAGGCACUAAAACAAGCUCCAGAUUUGGCAGAAGGGGAGAGCCUGAGAAGGCCAGAGACCACCUGAGAGAUCUGUCUCCCAAGCUGAGCUGGGACUGGAGAACGGAGGGCAGUAUCAGAAGGAGCCCAUCCAGGGCCGGCCCCGUGGCUUAGCCGUUA